ACAAAUAAAUGUUACAUUUGUGACAUACAUUUUGCGAGUAGAUUUAUUUUAAAAGCCUUCUCCCAUGUUAUAAAUGGAGAGAAAGUAGAAAUUCCACGAGAUCACUGGGCAUUAACGUCGGAUGCAUAUCCAUCAAACUUCCCUAAUUGUCCUAAGUACAUUAGUAAGUCUGUACCUCAAAAACGAUCAACGCGAUGUCUCACAAGAAAUGAAGAACCAUCUAGGAAGGGAUCACAAAAAGACAAUACCAAAGAUUUGCAUGAUACACACUCCCAAGUAACAACUGUAGAAAAGGAAGUAGAAGAACCCUCCACAUCUGAAGCUGCAACUACACAGCAUCCUGAGCUGUUAUAUGUCAAUAAAAUCUCUGCUUUGCAGUCUGAAUUGUUAAAAGUCAAAGAGGAUUUAUAUCGGUGCAGAAAGCAAAAGAUGAUCUAUAGGAAGAAACUGAAAACUCUUCAAACAGAAAAUCUCAAGCUUCAUCAAGAAAAUACUGAACUUAAAAUGAAACAGUUGUCAGCUGAUAAACUUGAUUCCUUACCACCAAGACAGAAACUUAUAAUAGAGCACAUGCUGAAAGCAUGCCAUAUAAAAAGCAAAAAGGGUAUGAGAUAUGACAUUAAUUGGUUACUUGACUGUUUACUUUUAAAAAUUAGGUCACCAUCUCUCUAUGAAUUUUUGAGAAAUAAUGAUUACUUGCCUUUACCCUGUCAGUCUACACUGCAUCAAUAUAUCAGAGGCAUUAAUGCCAAAUUUGGAUUUGAUGAAGAUCUUUUUGUUGUUUUAAAGACAAAAUUGGAGACAAUUCCACAAACAGAACGCCAGGGAGUUUUAAUUUUUGAUGAAAUCACACUUCAAAAACAUAUAGAACUUUCAAAAGCUACUGGUGAAAUGAUUGGACUUGUUCAUUGUGGUGACAAUUCUGAAUUGCGACAGAGUGAAUUUACAGCAGGUGAUCAUGGCCUAGUGUUUAUGUUCAGACCUCACUUUGCUAGUUGGGUAUAAUGUAUUGGCACAUUCUGUUCAAAAAGCUCUGU